AAAAAAUCAUUCGGUCCACAAAGAGUUAACAUUGAACAAACAGAUCGUUUCCAAUCCGGGAGAUAGCCUGUGGCUGAGAGUUGGCGGAUCAGGGAGUCCAGAGCUUGGAUCGAACGCCCAGGGAAAGAGAAAAGUGAAAAUCAGCUGGAAGGAAUAUGUAAGAGAUCAUGAUGGGGCUGGAGAUGCCUUUACUCACUAUUGUUUUGGGCCUAACAAUCACUGUGGCAGUAGCGGGGAAUGAAAGCAGAAUCUGUAAUGUGGCCCCUCACUGGGAGAUUGCCAACCAGAACCCAAUGGAGGAACAAAUUGGCCGUGUGGUGGUGGUGGCCCUUCUCAAAGCAAACUGCCGGUUCUGCUUAACACAGGCAACUAAAUUAGGCAGCUUGCGAGACAAGCUCAAUCAUCAGGGCCUGAAGGAUAUACGCUAUAUGAUAGUGAAUGAGAAAACACCUCAAUCUAGAGCCAUGCUCUGGGAGCUCAAACGGCAUGUUCCUGAGGAUAUCCCUGUCUACCAGCAAUCACCAUUUCAACGUGAUAUCUGGAGCAUUCUGCAGGGUAACAAGGAUGACUUCCUCAUCUACGACAGAUGUGGUAAAUUGACCUUUCAUAUCGUGUUACCAUAUAGCUACCUCCAUUUUUGGUAUACUGAAGCAGCAAUCCGGGCAACAUAUAACAAGGAUGUUUGUGGGAACUGUGGAAUCAGCAAUAUAAGUCUUGAGACAGAGAAAAACAUCACCACCACUUACAAAACAAACUUUACACAAUCUAAAACCACAAGUUUGAUGACUAAUCCAGUUUUUGAAAAUCGACUAAUUCAGCCAGUGCAACAGCGCAUAUCUAGUAAACCUCAUCCUGAACCCAACCUGGCUCCAAGUGCUAUCCAUCCACAUCAUUUCAAUAACAGCCAAGAUGGAAAUCCAGAGAGUGAUGAUACUCAGAGAUCAGAAUGGUUGUAGAGAAAACAUCAGGAACAAGAGUUAAAAUAACUGGCAACCUCAGGACAACUGCCAGCAUCAAACCUAAUAAUUCACAAGUUGUCAAAAAAGAAUCCUGGUUUAACAUUAACAGUUUUGAAUCAUGUUCAGUUUUUAAUUGAAGAAUGUCAUGUAUGGCACCUCCCACAACAAACACUUCUGUGUUAUUGUCAAAUGUUCUUUCGAUGAAAGAAUCUAGCCAUGACAAUUUAACAAGCAAUUUAAAGGCAAGAUUGAAAUGAGUACUGAAAUAAACAUAUGUCUCGGUGUAUUGCCCCUGAGCAGGUAGCCAUUGUUUUUGGACCCACAAUAAAGUACAGUCCAGACCAAAGGCAUCCCCACUCCAGAUGCCGCUGUGAGCGUAGAAAAAUCGGGGAGGCUAAUCACCAUGAUCUGAUUCCAAGCUGUUCUCAUGCAUCUCCUUUGGGGAUAGGUAGGGAAUAGCAAUCAAAGGUUGGUAAGAAGACAAAUUUCAGCUGCCUUAGGAAGACAGCAGAGGGUCCUUUGGAAAGAUUGAGGGAAACAAAUGGAUUAAAAAUAGUUUGCCGCAUGUUUCAGGUAUUUUGUCUAAUCCUCAAAGAAUAUUCUAUGCAUGUCCAUUUAUUAAAGGAAGGAAUUGGAGUACUGCUCUCUUAACACAGAAGAUUCUUGAUGGCUUGAUGUUACAAGGAAAACAUUGGCAUUUCUUUUAUUUGCUAAUCAGUGACAGUGUUUUCUCUUUAUUCAUGUGCUCAAUGAAGUCUUUGGUUCAAACUAGUUCCUCAUAGCAGUACUAAUUCCAAAAUAUUUGCACAUUUCUCAUUUCCCUAAACCAUUCUCCCUUUUUGUUUCCACUUUUGGGUAUCUUUGGUCACUUUAGUUAUUCCACCCAUGCCAACAAGAGAUUUGGUAGCAAGUCUGCUCCCAGUGACUCCUAUAUAUACACUGAUUAGAAAAUGGUGAGUUGUGUGCAUUAGUUACUCUCUCAUUUUUCUCUCCACCUACAAAGGAAUGCUGCCACAUCCACAUGGCAUGUCCCAGAUCGAUGAGUGGAGUUGGAGACUCUAAUUACACACUAAUACACUACUUUUCCCCUUUACCCCUUCUUUUCUGAAGGCAGUGACUUGUGUUAAGAUAGAAUUCUAUGAGUUGCAGCAAUCCUCAAAUACUUCACCUUGGUUUGUGAUUUCAGACUCUGCAUAGGUUGUUUUAACAAGAAAGUGUCACAACUUGGACAGCUUCCAUCAUUUUAACAUCCUGAUCAUUACCUUGACCUAAUUUUGUCUGACACAAUCUCUUAGAAUCAUCAAAAUACAUUUUUAUUACCCCACAGAAAAUAAUCAAAUGUGUGUGCAUUCUUGGAAUAUUUUCUGCUUUGCUGGUUUCAGAUAUUUAGCAAGAUAGAUGAGAUACCAACUGGGCUAUUGGCACUCAGUAAGGUAUGUUACAUUUGAACAGAAGAUGGAAGACUGUUUCUGGCUAAUGAUUAUGACUGAUUUAUCUGAACAGGAAAUACACUGCAGUCUACCUAAAGAUCGAUGAUUUUAAAAACUUCUUAAAACCAUAAUUUAAAAUAAUUCUUAUGUCUUGUUAUGAAUGAUAGUGAUCAAUAAAUUACUAAUGAAGUUGGAUUUACAGUUACUCUAACAUGUAUAAACAAAUGAAAAUAAAAGUCAAAUUUUUAUCAAAAAA